UGAAGAAGGAAGUGUACUAUUAUCACGUGACCAUCAAAAUGGCUGAUGGAGUGGAACCUCCCCCAUUCGAUAACGAAGAAGAUGAAGUAAAAGAUGAAGACGAUUUGUUUUCUGAUGCGAAAGAGAAGCCAGCUUCACCAGACAUGGAGCCUCCUCAACAGUCAGAUCUGACUGCCAAUGGUACUCCUACUGAACCACUAGAAGAUGAUAAGGAUGAGGAUGAUUUAUUUAAAGGUGGUAGCUCUGAGAUAAAACUUGACUCUGACGAUGAAGAUGUUGCUGCUAAGGCAAAUAAUGACGGAGACAUGGACUCAGGGUCCUCGCCUUUCGAGAGUGAGCCAAGUCCACCAAAGUCAGAAAUAUUUUCGUCACCCGCGGCAGAAUCUACGCCAAAAAUACCAGUGUCACAGGAAACUACUAAAAAAACAAAAGUUUCAGCUCCGUCCCUCAAAUCAGAUGAGGAGUCAAUCGAGGCUGUGGAUGAGAAGGAGACCUAUGAAAUUGACAUCAAAAUUAUUGAGUCUCAGAAGAUGGGAGAUGGAAUGUCAGCAUACAUGACAUACAAAAUUGUCUGUAAGACAACUAAUCCUGCCUUCAGACGCCCUGAGAAUAUAGUUCUCAGACGUUUCAGUGAUUUUCUUGGCCUUCAUGCAAAACUGGCAGAGAAACAUGUGCCUUUGGGAGUGAUUGUACCUCCUGCUCCUGAAAAAAGUGUUUUAGGUAUGACAAAGGUCAAAAUGUCAAAGGAAGAGUCGGGAUCAGCUGACUUUGUUGAGAGACGUCGUGCAGCUCUUGAGAGAUACUUGAUCCGCACUGCUGCCCAUCCCAUGCUUGUCACGGACCCAGAUUUUAUAGAGUUUCUUGAAAAAGAUGGCGAUCUCCCUCGCUCUACCAGUACAUCAGCCCUCAGUGGAGCAGGAGUCAUGCGACUUUUCCAUAAAGUGGGAGAGUCAUUUGAGAAGAUCACUUUGAAAGUUGAUGAAAGUGAUGAGUCGUGGGGUUUUUACCUCCAUAACUAUUUUUGCUCAAUCAUCCCACGAUCUCCUUCGGGCCAGUGGAGCCAAGAGGAGGAGUGGUUUCAGGAGAAACAUCAGCAAGUAGAGGCUUUUGAUUUGCAGCUCAGAAAGUUACAUUCCAGUAUAGAAGCUCUGUCAUCUCAUCGUAGAGAGCUGAGUACAAGCACUGCAACGUUUGCCAAAAGUGCAGCCAUGCUUGGCAAUGUUGAAGAACACACUGCGCUGUCACGAGCCCUUUCUCAGCUAGCUGAAACAGAGGAAAAAAUUGAGGUGCUUCAUAAGGACCAGGCAGAGGCAGAUUUCUUUGUGAUGGCAGAGCUCAUGAAGGACUAUGUUGCUCUUAUGCAGGCUGUCAAGGAUGUGUUCCAUGAGCGUAUCAAGACAUACAAGCAGUGGAAGGAGGCAGAGACUACUCUGGGCAAGAAACGAGAAGCAAAAGCCAAAUUUGAAAUGCAGAACAAGCUGGAUAAAGUGGCUCAGGCUCAGGCUGAAAUUACAGAGUGGGAACAAAAAGUAGAAACUGGCAAGGAAGACUUCUCUAAAAUCUGUAAAAACAUCAGGAAAGAGAUGACCCGAUUUGAGAAGUUGCGGGUCAACGACUUUAAAAACAAUGUGAUCAAAUACCUGGAGGUGCUGAUGGAGAACCAGGAGAAGCUCAUCAAAUACUGGGAAACUUUCCUGCCCGAAGCUAAAGCAAUAGCAUAGAAUGCUGAACAAGAGCUGUGUGCAAGAACUGUAUGACGUUUCAAUCUGUUGGGAGUUUUUUCUUCUUCAGUUUCCAGUUAACUUGUGUUGAUGUGUUGUCCUUUGGCUUCACACACAUUUUGUUAGAUACUUGUGUGCGUGGUGUGUGUGUGAGUGAAUGCACCAUCAUAUCGCAGAAUCUGUAAGCUUUUGUUUACAGGCACAAAUCGUGUUGCCUGAGGCUAGUGCUCAGCACCUGACCUACAACCAGCAAAUGUUGGUUACUUUUUACAAGAUUAAACAAUGCUCACUCUGUGACUGGCAAGGAGGUGUGUGUGUGUGAAUUUUAUUCCCUUGAAGGAAUAAAACUUUUUAUUUAUAGAAUAAACUGUCUUGAUUUAAGGUCUUUUCUCGGAAACGUUUUGAUGUAUGGCAACUGAAUAUUAUGAAAGUGAUUGUGACAGUGCUUUCAUUUGAUAUUGGACUGUUGUUUAGGUGUUCUUUGUUUCCCUUUUUUAUUUUGUUCUCAAAUUACUCAUCUGUCAGUAUAGGAAUUGUUGGUCACAGCAUGUCUUUAAGAUUUGGACUUUAAAAACGAUGUCCUCAAUUUAGGUGAUAUGGUACUUUUGUUCUUCAUAGUACAUCUGUUAUUGUGGUAGCCGAGUUGCAGCUGCCCAUGUUGUGUAAGUACGAGGCUCAUAAAUUAGCGUUUAGACUGGACUAAAUGCCACAUUUUAUUAUCAACAAGUUUCUCCUUAUGCUGAGAAUGACUUCCAUGUUCUCCUUGAUUUUGAAACAUAAGCCACCAUGUAAUGCUGUUCACUUUGUCUGUUCUUCUUUCAGUCUUAAUUUGUUGUCUAAUUUAUUAUACUCUUUUGUUUUAGUUCAUUUGCAAUGGGAAGUUAAAAGACACAUAUAUAUUUACCACCUUAAUUGUUUGUUUGUUUUUGAUUUUGUAGAUUCUGUUUUUUCAAAAAUAUUAAAAGCAGUCUUAUUUAAUUCCUACGGUUAUGUAUGUCCUCAUUGUAAUUCACCAGUUGUGUCGAACUAAGUACACAUUGUUUUAAGCAUAUGUUGUUGAAUGUAAUAUGCCACUGGCAGGUAGCUGGAUGACUUGGAUGGACAUUUGUUUGAGAGCUUUUGAUGUUUAUUAAUUUUUUUUUUUAACGUUUACAUUGUGAUAAAUGAAUAAAGUUUCCCUUCCCUUUUA